CCUUCUUUACAAAAUGGGUUGGAAGGAGAAGGAGGCAGAAAAACUUGAGGGAAAACGCGUCCUCGUUGUAGGAGCUGGUGGAGUAGGAUGUGAAUUGCUGAAAAACUUAGCCCUAACUGGUUAUAAGGAUAUUCAUGUAGUUGAUAUGGACACUAUUGAUGUUAGCAAUCUGAAUCGUCAGUUUCUGUUCCGCCGUGAGCAUGUCGGCAAAUCAAAAGCUGAAGUUGCAACGGAGGCCAUUCGUAAACUUCGUCCUGACAUUAAAAUCACCUACGAUCUCGACAGUAUAUUUAGCUGGCCAAACCAAUGUGACGUGAACAGGAUGUGUUUAGCUGCUAAGGUUCCGCUCGUUGAAAGUGGUUCUUCUGGAUAUAUGGGUCAGGUUAGACCAAUCUUGCGUGAACGUACUGAGUGCUACGAGUGUGUGCCGAAACCCGCGCAAGAGAGGACCUUCCCAGGGUGUACAAUUAGGAACACACCAAGCGAGCACAUUCACUGCACAGUGUGGUCAAAGCAUGCAUUCAAGUA